GAUCAGUACUUAUAAUUCGUGUACAUGCAUUGUAAACACAGAUUUAAAAACAGCAUUGCGAUGUUUACGCAGUGAUUUCAUAUGACUGCGUUAUGGUUGUGGUUUUGGCGUUGUAUUGAAUGCUGAAGCCUGAAUGGAAAGUCGCGCCGACGCGUUAUACCGCAUUAGGCGGGAAGCGAUGUGAUUGGUUAAUUGCGAUCGCGUCAUCGCGUCGGUAUAUUGAUAUAUGAGAAAUAAAGCGAGACAGAAAUACCGAGUGGCCGUAGCAGAUAGCAAUCGUGCCAAGAGUUAGUAAUAUAUUGCAUACCGUUCGAAACGUACGCUCACUACGCUAUUAGACUCACUGGCGUUCGUGAUAUUGGUACAAAGAUAUAAGAAAUAGUUAAAAUGCCAUAUUGCUCGGUUGCAAAUUGUAAAAACAGAAGUGAUGAAGUAAAUACGAAGCAAGAAGGAAUUUCGUUUCAUCGCUUUCCAAAGGAGGGCAAUAUUAAAGAAAAAUGGAUAGAUGCUACAGGACGUAAAAACUGGUUCCCUACUAAAUACAGCACAAUUUGCUCAUCGCAUUUUUCAGAUGAAGAUUUUAGUGAGUCACCAAAACUUAGAAAAUUAUAUCCGAAUGUCUAUCCUAAAAUUGAGGUUUGGACUAAUGACAAAUCAACAAUGAAUUUGAUUAAUAAAAAUACAAUUGGUUCCGCUAUCGACAAUAACGACGAAACUGAAGCACCCAAAAAACAAGGACUUAGAAUGCAACUUACACGUUCUAGAGAUAUUAUCAAUCAAGAAAAAUUAAAAGUUAAAAGAUUACGAGAGCAGAACCGGCGACAAAAUCGGAAAAUUGUUAAUCUCGAGGAAUUAAUAAAAAACCUUAAAGACUGUUUAUUAACCCACGACGAAAGUGCCUUGAUUCAUCUUGAACAAACAAAUAUUCAAGCAACGAUAGUUCCAGAAUUGACGUCGAGUUUGAACACUACAGCUGAUGACAUUAAUGAUGCUCCGAUGUCAGAUGAUGCCUCUGAAUACGAAGUUGUUAUAAAAUCAGAAGUAGAAUCCGAUGAUGAAGACCACAGAGAACCCACCUCACAAUUACCACAAGCCACUAAAUGCUCUGCACCACUUCUUCAGCCUUCAACUUCAACUAUGAAUAUAACAAAUAGAAUAGCCGAUCCACCGAUAUCAAUGAAAGUAGAAUCAACUUCCGAAGAUGAAAUAUCUGUAUCAGAAACGCAGCCUGAAUCUUUGAGAAGUCUCACGCAAAGAAACUCAUCUGAACUAGGCGAUCAACAGGAUGACCCUGACAUUCUGGAGUGGGGAACGAAGUUAGCUAGGAUGUCCCCACAGCAGAGACUGUUUGCAAAAAAUGCGAUCAACGCUGUUUUAAAUGAAGCUGAACUUGGAAAUUUACAUGAAGAUUCAGUGUGUAUUAAUAAAUGUAGAGAGAAACAUUAAAUAAUUUAUUGUAA